GAACAGUUGUUGUGAACAGCAGGUUGACAUUUACUUUAGAUGAACGUGUGUUUGUGAAGCUCAGUGUGAGUCUGUGUGAGUUUAAUUUCAUCUUUCACUCGGAAUCUUCACGCGGGAGUCAGGAUGGUGCUCGCUCUGCUGGUGUGUAGCCUGGUUCUGGUCUCUGCCGUGGGGCAGCAGGCGGACGAUGACUGGGUUGACCCGUAUGAUAUGCUCCACUACGACUCAACCUCCAAGACCAUGAGGAAGCCCAGUGAGAUUGAAGAACAAAAGAAGAAGAUCUCACUCCUCUCAGGUCAGCCAACAUGCAACCCAGUGUUCAAGAGAUUCCUCAGCAGGCUCCUGAGGGAAAUGCAAAGAGUCGGUUUGCCCACUGACUCCUCAGACGCUAUCUAUGAUGCCAAAGUUGGAGUUUCUAAACAAGCCAUCGCAGAGAUUCAGACACUUCUGGAUGGUGAAGGAAGCUUUACAACUGGUCCUCUUGACACUGCCGUCAGUCAGAUACUAGUGAAUCUUAAACCACAUGACUAUGAGGCCUGGAAGUGGCGUUUCGAGGACAGUUUUGGCGUGGAGCUGGACACACUAUUAAAGAUGGGACUGUGUGUUCUGGUCAUGAUGGCCAUCAUCUGCACGCAGCUGUGGUCGACCGUGUCCUGGUUCAUGCAGUUCACUCGACUCCUUGCGGUCUGCUUCUUUGUCAGUCUUCCCUGGAACUGGUUUUACCUGUAUAAGAUCGCCUUUGCUGAGCACCAAAACAACCUGUUGAAGAUGGACAGUGUAAAUGAAAAAUGCUCCGGCAUGAAGAAAAUUGGUUGGAUCGACAGUAUAAAAGAGUGGUACAGAAGCACCUGGACUCUUCAGGAUGACCCCUGUCAGAAAUACUAUGAACACCUCAUUGUCGACCCCAUUCUGCUGGUACCUCCAAUUAAGGCGAUCAUCGUUACCAUCACAUCUUUCUUUACAGAGCCAAUGAAGCACAUUGGCCAGGGGAUCAGUGAGUUUCUUCGGGCCCUCCUCAAAGAUCUACCAGUUACCCUGCAGAUCCCUGUUCUCGUCACACUUGUUGUCAUCAUUGUGGUAUUCGUGUAUGUCAGUGUGCCGGCAGCCUUCCUGCAUGGCAUCAUGGCACCUCUACGCCAACAGGGUCCAACUCCUCCUGGGCUCCAACAACCGCAACAGCAGCCUCAGGCAAGGAUCGCGGACCCUGACCACUUAGCAGGCAGGGAUACACAACAGCAAGGUCCAAGGCAGCAAGCGGACGAUGGCAGGGCACGCAGGAAUCCGGUUCAUCAGCGGCAUCCCAACAGAUCCAGGGAGAAGAAGGGCCGGGUGGUUGUGGAGACACUGCAAUCAGCUGCCAGCAGUGAGGAUGAGACAGACACUGAGCAACAGGAGGAAAGACCUGAGGCAGAGCAGAAUCCGACCGAGGAGUCAGAUGCAGAAAACCAAGUGGAGAACAAAGAGGAGCCUGAAGAAGCAGGUGCCAACAGUGUUGCUGCUCACACAGCCCAAGCAAAAACCAAAACCACGCCCAAGGCCAAACCAAUGAGAGUGAGUGAGAAUCGUUCCCAGGACCAACACAGUGGAGACGAUGCGGCACCCAGAUCUCAGCCGGCAGGAAACUGCCUUCACAUACUGAUAUCAAGGGGAGUUCUUCCAAAAAAAAAAAAAACUCUAAAUAUCACACUUGAGACAUAUGAUAGAACAGUUGUUGUGAACAGCAGGUUGACAUUUACUUUAGAUGAACGUGUGUUUGUGAAGCUCAGUGUGAGUCUGUGUGAGUUUAAUUUCAUCUUCACUCGGAAUCUUCACGCGGAUGUAGCGGGAGUCAGGAUGGUGCUCGCUCUGCUGGUGUGUAGCCUGGUUCUGGUCUCUGCCGUGGGGCAGCAGGCGGACGAUGACUGGGUCGACCCGUAUGAUAUGCUCCACUACGACUCAACCUCCAAGACCAUGAGGAAGCCCACUGAGCCAGCUCACUAUGAUAACGUGGCAACCAAGAGAAGAGAGUACACAGAGGACCCCAGCCAGGCCGAGCUGGUGACGUGCAGAAGUCAAGUAGCGGAUCUACAGAAGAAGAUUGAAGAACAAAAGAAGAAGAUCUCACUCCUCUCAGAUCAGCCAACAUGCAACCCAGUGUUCAAGAGAUUCCUCAGCAGGCUCCUGAAGGAAAUGCAAAGAGUCGGUUUGCCCACUGACUCCUCAGACGCUUUCUAUGAUGCCAAAGUUGGAGUUUCUAAACAAACCAUCGCAGAGAUUCAGACACUUCUGGAUGGUGAAGAAAAUGUUAGAACUGGUGCUCUUGACACUGCCGUCGGUCGGAUACUAGUGAAUCUUAAAUCACAUGACUAUGAGGCCUGGAAGUGGCGUUUCGAGGACAGUUUUGGCGUGGAGCUGGACACACUAUUAAAGAUGGGACUGUGUGUUCUGGUCAUGAUGGCCAUCAUCUGCACUCAGCUGUGGUCGAGAGUGUCCUGGUUCGUGCAGUUCACUCGACUCUUUGCUGUCUGCUUCUUUGUCAGUAUUGUCUGGAACUGGUUUUACCUGUAUAAGAUCGCCUUUGCUGAGCGCCAAAACAACCUGGCGAAGAUGGACAGUGUAAAUGAAAAAUGCACCGGCAUGAAGAAAAUUUACUGGAGCGACAGUCUAAAAGAGUGGUACAGAAGCACCUGGACUCUUCAGGACGACCCCUGUAAGAGUUACUAUGAACACCUCAUUGUCGACCCCAUUCUGCUGGUACCUCCAACCAAGGCGAUCUCCGUUACCAUCGCAACUUUCAUCACAGAGCCAAUGAAGCACAUUGGCCAGGGGAUCAGUGAGUUUCUUCGGGCCCUCCUCAAAGAUCUACCAGUUACCCUGCAGAUCCCUGUUCUCGUCACAAUUGUUCUCGUCAUGGUGGUAUUCGUGUAUGUCAGUGUGCAGGCAGCCUUCCUGCAUGGCAUCAUGGCACCUCUACGCCGACGGGGUCCACCUCCUCCUGGGCUCCAACCACCGCAACAGCAGCCUCAGGCUCAAAUCCAGGGGGUCGCGGACCUUGACCACUUAGCAGGCAGGGAUACACAACAGCAAGGUCCAAGGCAGCAAGCGGACGAUGGCAGGGCACACAGGAAUGCAGUUCAUCAGCGGCAUCCCAACAGACCCAGGGAGAAGAAGGCCCGGGUGGUUGUGCAGACACUGCAAUCAGCUGCCCGCAGUGAGGAUGAGACAGACACUGAGCAACAGGAGGAAAGACCUGAGGCAGAGCAGAAUCUGACCGAGGAGUCAGAUGCAGAAAACCAAGUGGAGAACAAAGAGGAGCCUGAAGAAGCAGGUGCCAACAGUGUUGCUGCUCACACAGCCCAAGCAAAAACCAAAACCACGCCCAAGGCCAAACCAAUGAGAGUGAGUGAGAAUCGUUCCCAGGACCAACACAGUGGAGACGAUGCGGCACCCAGAUCUCAGCCGGCAGGAAAUCCGCCUUCACAUACUGAUGUCAAGGACCUGGAGGCCUCCGCAGGACACAGGACCUCCUCUGUCUCUGAGACACACGUUGAAACUCUGGGAGUUCCAGUUCAGGAGUCGUGCCCAGUGCCUGAGGAGUAGACUGUAUCUGUAUCAUCUGUGUUUAGUGACAGACAGUAGUGAGAUGUGCAGCAGCAACAUUUUUAAGACCAGCCAAUGUGGAACCACACCAGUAGUUACCAACUAACUUUAUCUUGCUGAUGCACAGUCAACCAAAUGGGCCUUUCCUUGAGAUGGAGCACCAACACAGUUUUGGUGAAUCUUCUCAUUAUUUCAUGAUGAUUUUGACAAAGUGUUCCUCGGUCAGAGAGAGCGGCCAGAUUAGUGUGUGUCUUAUCUGUCUCACUGCUAGUUUUCUCUAGUUUGAAUUUAAAGAUAACAAAGGGUCACAUAAAACCUGGCGGUGCAAUCAACGACUCAUGAGUUUGAUCUGAGAUAUUUUUGUUGUCAUUCAUUAUUUUGCUGAAUUAAUUUUUGCUGAGCAGCAGUGAUACCUAUUUUAGUUUUCUGUGAGAAACUGCUUGUGCAAAGCUUAGACUGUAUAUAAAGAUGGAUGACAUGAUGUCCUUCCACUGAAGAAAAAUGAAGCUAAAAUAUCCUGGAUGCAGCCACCGCCAUUUUGCUCUUUCGGUGUGAUUUGGAGUUCGUCUGUGUUUUCCAGGUCCCACAGAUACACACUCGACCAAAUCCUGAGUCAGUCUCAGUUGUCAAUCAUGAUGUUUCCUCCUCUUUGUAUAGCUUCCAUCUUUAUACACAGUCAAAGUGUGAGAGGAUUGCUGAUAGUACCGUUGGGUGCAAUGGAAAAUGUAAUUUGUGAAUUUCAUGAAUUCAGAAGUCAAUCACUGAUUGCAGUUGAGACAUGUUAAUAUAAAAGAAUGAUCCUUCUCACAAAUUGAAAAAUAAAUAAGCUGCGAUGUUUAAAUCUGCAUUAAUCAGGUUCUGCAGCUUUACAGGUUUACUCUCAUGACUCAUCGUCAUCUCUUAACACCUCGGUUUUAAACCCUCUGUUCCCUGCCGGUCUAGCAUCCAACAGUAGUUUCAUAAGUGACCAGCGGGUGAACUUAGUGGAGCAUUAUUUGCUGUAGAUUCCACAUAAAACUUUAUGAGGUCAUCAUUUGUCCAUGUUAUAUGUAAAUGGUCACAGGUCCACUUUGUAUGUAUACCUGACAAAAUGUGUUUGUACGGAUCUAACUAUAAAUGGAUGAAUCUCCUCGACAGCCUCUCAUCAGUUGACUUAAGUCUCAGCGGAUGUGUUGCUGAGGACGAGAGUUUUCCAGGGUUGUGUCACGCUCCAGCUGGACAGGCACUUGCUAUUUUUAUUUUCCAAUUUACUUCCAAUCCUUUAUUGAAGUGUAUUAGUAACAAAACACCUCUUGUCUGAUAUCAAGUAUUUCAUGAUCACAUCAUUAGAAAUAUGGUUUUGUACGCACACUGUAAAACCUCAAAUCUUUAACUUCAUAUAUGUGUAUGUGUUAUUAUAGGUGGCGCAGUGGGGCAGUGGGUAGCACUGUCCCCUCACUGACCCACGGUUGUGGGUUAGAACUUCUCAGUGGAUUUGGCAUGUUCUUUUUGUUGCAUGUUCUGAAUUUGUUUUAAUAAUGUAUCAUGCAUAGUGUGACGAGUGGGAAACCUACAACUCGGUGAAAACAGGGAAGAAACAGCACAGAUUAGAAGGGAGCUUUGUUUUUUUAGUUUUCUUAUGUUGGAAAUGUUUGAGUUCUAUCUGGCAGUGCCAUUACAAUACAGAACAUAUCAGUGGUGUUUCUGUUAGUGAUCAGGUUGAAGUCGGUUUACAGCAACUUGUGUGCAACACGUGUUCUUUCAGUCUUCAUGUCCUCUCACAAGAAACACAAAAAAAAUGUAAGUCUAUAAAAUCCAUGUAGCAGCUGCAAGUGACAGUUCAUUUAAAUCAGAACAUACAUAUAUCAAAUUAUUCAUUUGGAACAUAUGAAAUAAAGGAAAACAUCUUGAAUGCAGAAGAACAUCUGGCCAACAGUGCUUCACAACCAACACUCAGGUCAUUAAGGCACAGAGACAGUUGGACUCUUUUAUUGUGUCACUAUUUAGAAGAAGCUGAACACUAAAGAAUUUACAUUUUUCUUGUUGAUUUUGCCAUAUUUGUCGCCGAUUUUAAAAUGAAAACUAUUUUGCAAUAUAAAAUAAUUAUGAAAAACAAA